CUCGAUUUGAUCUUCGGCCUUUCAAGUAGGACCAUCCAUGAUAGCUCCUGCGCCGCGCCAUCUGCGGUUGCACCAAAGAGUCAACGGAAAAAUUCGUGAGCAAGCACUAAAAGUUAACGACAAGCGCUGCGUUGUUGGGUCUUGGCGGGCAAAUGAUCGAAGGCGCGCGCUCUCGGUCGCCCAUCCAGCGUGUGUGGCUGUAGGCAAAUUCAAACUCGGCACGGCACAGUCUGCAUCAUGGCUCUAAGUAGGAUGGUCGUCUCGCGGUGUCUGCUGCUCAGGAACUGCUCGGUUCUGGGCGCACUCGGUUCUAGUGGUCCAGCAGCGGUGGCCGUACUCGGCGAGCGUCGGUGGAUCAGUGCCAGUUCCAGAGCCGGAGAAAAGUUGGCCCUGGCCAAAGCGGAAGUCAAGGGUGUCCAGAAGCACGACUGGAAUCGAGCCGUUAGUGAAGCGGAACAGAUCGUGGGCUAUCCGACGUCGUUUCUGAAUCUACGGUUUUUGCUCAGCGACGAGAUUGCCAAUGUGGCAUUGCAUCUACGAAAACUGAUUGGAAGCAAUCAUCCGUUGCUCAAGUCCGCCAAGUCACUCAUCUACAACGACAAAAGCCAGCAGGCAUGGGGACUGAUCAUUUUGCUGAUUUCCAAGGCAGCUGGGCACACAGCCUCCGUGCCGGAAAUGGACCAGGACCGGAGCGUUGGUGUGCUGCACUCACAGCGUGCCCUGGCCGAAGUCACGGAGAUGAUUCGCAGCUCCCAGUUGAUCCACCAGGGCGUAAUCAAUCUGCAAUCGAUGGACAAUGCCGGAAACAAUUUGAGCGGCGAUAGCGACAUGGUUUUCGGAAACAAGAUCGCUUUGUUAGGCGGAGAUUAUCUGCUGGCCCAUGCCAGUAAGCAGAUCGCUUCGUUAAGGAACCAAGAUCUGAACAUGUUGAUGACAUCAGCCUACCGGGACUUGGCAGAGUCCGCCUUCAUAGGUGACAGUGACGAUCAGAACAAUCCACUGCCUUCGAAACCGGAAACUCCGGCCGGUACGAACUCUCAUGAAUGCACCCUCGAAGAACUGGACUUUGGAGAUGUUCGAGACAACAUGGAACCGAUGCGUGUCGAAGGAGUCAUGGGACAUCCGGAAAAGGAGUGGUCCCUCAGACACGUCCUCGGCGGAGGGAGCCUUCUGGGCAAGAGCUGUCACGGAGCUCUGAUGCUUGCCGGACAUCCCGAGGAACUCCAGAAACAGGGUUACCUCUUCGGGAAGCACAUGUCCCUGGCUUGGCAAGCUUCGAUCGAGUUGCAGCCGUUCCUGCUCAAUCAACUACCUCUAGGAGCCAACUUCAGUUUGGUUUCGGCACCGGUUCUGUUCCACUUGGAGUACGAUCCAAGCGUCUACGAACUCAUCGAACCGGGCAAGAACUCGAUCGAAGACGUGGACUACGCUGCGCUGCAUCGGGAGAUCAUUCGCGGACCCGGCCUGGAAAAGACCCGGAACCUCCAGAAGAAGCACAGUCUUGCGGCGAUGAACGUCCUGGAUCGAUUUCCGACGACCGACGCCCAGACGGCACUGCAGAAUAUCAUUCUGGCAAUGCAGCAACUGUAAGAAUGCAAGCUAUGUUUUUAAAUUUAUGUAUCUGUUUGUGAUUAUGCAAAUUGUGCAAUAGUUCGUAAGCGUUUGGCAUUUCUGUCCAUCGAAUGUUGUGUUAAGAUUAAUGAUGUGUAUAAUAUAUUCCUGUGUAUAAAUAAGUAAAUCAACAUACUAAUUUUUAACAAGAAUAAAUCUUGCUUUUUUUGGUGUCA